UUCUAUUCCUUCUCUCUUCUCUCGCCUUCUUCUCCUCUCCUUCUUCUCCUCUCUCCUCUUCACUUUCCUCUCGCUCUUUGUUUUCUAUUAUCACCUCAGUAUCGGUUUUAAUUUAAUAAUAUCACCUUUACGCACACUCACUCUUUCCAUUUCUAAUUUCGUUGACCACGCCUGCUAGAGUGUGUUAUUACAAAUGAAGCCCAAAGUCAUUCCACCUGAUUCCUCGACUGAAAUGAAGCGAUUGGCCCAAUCAAAUGAGCGUAGCAAGCAUUGGAUGAGAUGGGGCCCAUACCUCUCUGAACGUCAGUGGGCUACAGUCCGCGAGGAUUAUAGUGGUGACGGUGAUGCCUGGCGUUUCUUCCCUCAUGAUCAUGCACGAUCCAGGACGUACCGUUGGGGAGAAGAUGGUCUUGCAGGCUUGUCUGACAACCAUCAACGACUCUGUUUUUCUGUGGCGCUUUGGAAUGGGCAAGACAAGAUCCUGAAAGAACGACUUUAUGGCCUAACCAAUCAUGAAGGCAACCAUGGUGAAGAUGUCAAGGAACUGUAUUACUACCUGGAUAAUACACCCACUCACUCGUACAUGAAAUAUUUGUACAAGUACCCUCAAGCUGAGUUCCCAUAUGAGCAACUUGUCCAAGAGAGCACGCGUCGUGGCCGAACGGAUCCAGAGUUUGAGCUUCUCGACACUGGGAUUUUUGAUCAGGACAAGUACUUUGAUGUCUUUGUCGAAUAUGCAAAGGAUGAUGAGGACGUGGAUGAUAUCUUCAUCAAGAUCACAGCUUUUAAUCGAGGCCCCCAAGAUGCACCCUUGUGUAUCAUCCCUCAAAUUUGGUUCCGUAAUACCUGGUCUUGGUUCCCAGAGGGGGAGGUCCAGAUCCCAUCACUCAAGAAGGUGCACCCUCACGUAAUCAAGGCAGAUCAUGAGACCUUGGGGAAACGAUGGGUUUAUUUUGAAGCCUUAGCAGCCGAGCACGACCAUGGACAUGGCCCUGAGUUGCUCUUUACCAACAAUGAGUCAAAUACACAAAGAUUAUUCAAUGACUCCAACAGGAGUCCUUAUGUCAAGGACGGUUUUCAUGAGUAUAUCAUCAAUGGCAAAAAGGAAGCAGUGAACACAGAAGAUUACCAUGGCACAAAGGCUGGUGGCGUAUACAGAUUCGACAAAGUUCCAGCAGGGGGACAUGUACAAGUUCGGGUGCGCUUGAGCCGCCAAGAAGGCCAUGGGAGUAUCGUUCCUAAAAAGUUUGAUAAGAUUUUGAAGGAGCGUAUCCAGGACGCUGAAGAAUUUUAUGGCAAUUUGGCACUCAAAAACAUGACUGAGGACAUGCGGAUGAUUCAACGGCAGGCCCUGGCAGGCAUGCUAUGGUCGAAGCAAUGGUAUCACUUCGAUCAACGAUCCUGGCGCAAGGGAGAUCCUGUGGGAAUGGCUCCUCCACCUGAGCGCAAAGAUUUGCGUAACAGGGAAUGGAGACAUCUCUACAUUGAUGACAUCCUUUCGAUGCCUGACAAGUGGGAAUAUCCAUUUUUUGCUGCCUGGGAUAUGGCGUUUCAUGUGAUCCCAUUAUCCAUUGUCGACCCAACAUUUGCCAAAAAUCAGUUGGACCUGUUGACGAGAGAGUGGUAUAUGCACCCGUCUGGCCAGAUUCCUGCUUAUGAAUGGAAUUUUUCAGAUGUCAAUCCUCCUGUUCAUGCUUGGGCGGCAUUUCAGGUGUUCAGGACCGAAGACCGGCUCUAUGGUCGCAAGGAUUUCCUCUUUCUGGAACGCGUCUUCCAGAAAUUGUUGCUAAAUUUCACUUGGUGGGUAAACCGAAAGGACACAGAAGGGAACAAUGUCUUUGAAGGUGGGUUCCUUGGCCUGGAUAAUAUUGGUCUUUUCAACCGAUCAGAGCCUCUGCCCAAUGGGGCUACACUUCGUCAGGCCGACGGUACUUCCUGGAUGGCUUUCUUCUCACUUUGCAUGCUACAUAUUGCUCUGGAGUUGGCCAAACGCAAUCCUGUAUACGAAGAUAUUGCCUCUAAAUUCUUAGAGCACUUCUUCCAUAUCUCGGAUGCGAUGACAUACCAAUCCGGUGGAGAGGAAAAAUCCCUCUGGGACACGACCGAUAACUUUUUUUAUGACUCCAUCUCGUGGCCGGGUGGGAACACUCAGCGUCUAAAGACGCGCAGUUUAGUCGGAGUGAUUCCACUAUUCUCCGUCCUGUCACUCGACCCUGAAUAUCUCGAACUCUUCCCAGGGUUCACCCGUCGUCUUGAAUGGCUUCUUGCUUACCGUGAGAAACAUCGACCGGCCCGAGUGUUCAAGAAGGAGGACAGCAAAGAGAAUGGAUCUGUGCUGUUGGCGCUCGUUGAUCAAACCAUGCUUCGUGCUAUCCUAAAGCGCGUCCUAGAUGAAGAGGAGUUUCUCUCACCUUUUGGAAUCCGAUCCCUUUCCAAGUUCCACAAAAACAAUCCGCUAAGUAUGUGGAUGUGCGGACAAGAAUUUAAGGUCGAAUAUCUUCCAGCCGAGUCAGACUCGGGGAUGUUUGGAGGAAAUUCUAAUUGGAGGGGUCCCAUUUGGCUUCCUACAACUUACCUCUUGGUGGUAUGCUUGAAGAGAUUCCAUUACUUUUAUGGCAAUGACUUUAAGGUCGAAUGCCCUACCGGAUCUGGGAUCAUGAAAACACUCGAGGAAGUUGCUUGGGAAAUUGAAAUUCGACUGAUGCGAUUGGUACGCAAAAACAAGCAGGAUCGACGUCCCGCAAACGGUGGCCAUGACAAAACUGACAAGGACCCAUUCUUUAAGAAUCUAGUCUUGUUUUACGAAUAUUUUGAUGCUGAGACUGGCAGGGGACUUGGUGCCUCUCAUCAAACAGGCUGGACAGGUCUCCUGGCCAUGAUUGCUCAGCAAGUCGGAGACAAGUGUCAAGAAACCCCCCCAGCUUUUAACGGUAAUGCCAAUGGCGCCAUCAAGGGAAAUUAAAAGAACAAAGUAUAAUAAAAAAAUGAAC